AUGAGUCACUAAUUAUCAAACAUUGAGAAAAUAAAAUAAUAACUCCAUCUUUAAUAAUAGGUUAAAGAGAUAUUGGCCAAAGAAUACAUAGAUCUAUAAAACAAGGAGCAUUUUUAAGUAUGUAUAACUAACAUAAAACUUUAGGUAAUAAUUGAUAUUUUGGAAAAACCAAAAAAACAAAGAACUUCUAAUGAAUUGUAAUUGUUAUCAAUGGCAUUUUCAUCCAUCAAAUAUUUUUAAGAGAUGAGUAAAACAACAAGUUAAGAUGAGAUGUUAAAUUUAUUUAGAGUAUAAUCUAUAAUCCAAUUAGGAAUUAUAAUAUAUAGCAGUGCCAGCAAGAAGAACAUUAUUUCGAUUAGGAGAUAUUGGUAAGAAUUUUUACAUCAUUCUAAGUGGAGCUGUUUGGGUAUUAUAGUAUAAUAAAUUAAUUAGGUAUUGGUAGGGAAAUCCGGUUUAUAGAAUGGAGGAUUCACAAAGGAGGAGAAGAAGGCAGAUUAUGAUGAGGGCACUUUUUAGGUAUUAUAAAUUUGAUUGUUUAGGAUGAAUUCGAGUUUGCAGAUUUGGAGGAUGAAAAUAUGCUGUUAUCCAAAUAUCCAAAUAUGAUGAAGGUAGGCUAGAUUGCUUAAGGUGGAAGUUUUGGUGAAAUUGCUCUUACAAAUUUUAUUCCAAGACAGGCAACAAUUGUAUGCAAAGAGGAGUCUUAAUUUAUUACCUUAUCAAGAGAGGCCUUCAAUAAAUUUUUAUGUAUCUUUAUUGAUUACCAAUCUUAGCUGAAUAUUAUAGUAGAAUCUAAUAAAAGAAUUUUGAUUUCUUAAAAUCGAUUUCUAUAUUUAAUGAUUGGAAUGAUGCUGAAUUAAAUUAAAUGUAAUAUCAUCUAUAACCUAUUGAAUUUUGUUAUAAUACUUAGAUUUAUAAAGAAGGUGAGAUUGUCAAGUAAAUUCUGAUAUUAUUUAUAGAGGAGUUUAUUUUGUGUUAGAUGGGCAAGUUGAAAUUACUCAAAAUGUCAAGAAUGAUAAUUAAAAUGAAAGUUUAUUAGUAAAACGGAUGAAUAGAUCUUUAAGUAUGAAUUCUAUAUAUUGAGGUUCUAAAAAUAUUCAAUUAAAAUUGAAUAGAUGUGGAUAUGGUUAAUUGUUUGGCUAUUUGGAGAUUGUUCAAAAUCUUGAGCAUAGACAAUCAAAGGCUGUUUGUUUAACUGAAAAAUCCAAAAUGCUAUUUUUGCCUGCAGAUGUAUAUCAUUUAUAAAUUUAUAAGAGGUUUAAAUUAUAUUGUUGUCAUGGGGAAACACUCAAUGAACUGAAUAAAUUGAUUGCUAAAUUAGAUUAGAAUAAAAAGAUAUCUAAAGACAUCUUUCUAGGAUAACAGAGAUCGAUAUAAUUUAAUGAGGAAUACUAUUUAAAUUCCUUAACCACACCACAUUGUGUUAAAACUUAGGAUGAUGAGGAUGCAUCUGAAAAAGUCAGUUUGACUACAAACAAUAGGUUGUCUUAAAAAUCAAAAUUACCUUUACCAUAAAAGAAUUCAGAGAGAAAUUCCAAUAAAAAUUCUCAAUAAAAAUUAUAAAAAGAAAUUCUAGGCAAGAUAUAACAUAAACCCACGAACAUUUAAUCUUAUUAUGAAUUUAUAACUUAGCAUAUAAAAGAGAAGUCUUUACAGUUAACAAUCGAAUGUCCUCUGAUUGAAAUUCAAUAGAGUAGAAAGGCUAAGGUAAUGUAGUCUUAAUUUUAACAUUAAUAUUCAUCUUUGAAUUUAAAGACUCCUACUUAAAAGAAUUUGGAUUCAAAAAUAUCAUUAAUUUAAUAAUUAAAAUUACCUAAAAUAUUCAAGAAAUAAUAAAAUACUGAUGAAGUACAAUUACAGGUGUCUCACUUUGUUAGAUAGCAUAAUUAAAGUGUAUAAAUUUAUUGA